UCAUUUCAUGUUCAGCUCUAAACCUUCGAGAAUUCGCCUCGCGUCUCAAUUCUGUCGACCCUCUUGCACACUUCCAUAGAGAUACAGCUGCCCUCCAUCUUUGAUUCCCGUCCCACUUCCCCAGUCGACGCCUCUCUCCCCCACUUCACUGCUGAGUGCCGAGACUGCCGGCAGCCCAGUCGGAGACAACCCUUCCCUCUCCCCAGUCGCCGUCAGCGACAUUUCCUUUUCUCUCCUCAGUCGACGACAACUCUUCCCUCUCCCCAGUCAGCGACAUCUCCUUUUCUCUCCCCAGUGGGCGACAUCUCUUCUCCUCUCCCCAGUCGGCGACAACUCCUUUCCCUCUCUCCAGUCGGCGACAACUCCUUUCCCUCUCUCCCCAGUCGGCGUUUCUUUCAUUCGUUGAAUCGGUUAUUCUAGUAAUCAAGAUUUUACUGUAACUCUCUUCAGUGAGUCUCUGGCUCUCUACCAGGUGUUUCAUGACUUGGAGAUUGCACAUAGAGCUAACAUUUCACUCCAUUGUGUAGCAUCCUUCACUGACUGGGAGCUUUGGCAACUUGUGUGUAUGUGAGACUUAAUAUUGAUAGGUGAGAUUGAGGAGGUAAGACCUAAGGUACUUUCUACGGGAAAGUUAUAACCAGGUUUAUGAGCAUGGAGGUUUGGGGGGUUGUGGAUUCUGGUGAUGGAAAAGUGGAGCGUGCUUUGACCCCAUUAAGGUUGAUAAGGGGUAUCAUGUGUUUAAUAGUGUUAAUUAUAUCAGCAUUUAUCAUGAUAGUUUAUUUUGGCUUUAUGAGUGCUUUCAUAGUGCGAUUUUUCAGCGUACAUUGGAGCAGGAAGGCAACAUCCUUUUUCUUUGGUGCAUGGCUAGCACUAUGGCCUUUUCUCUUUGAAAAGAUAAACAAGACCAAGGUCAUUUUUUCUGGUGAAACUGUUCCGGCAAAAGAACGUGUUUUGCUUAUAGCAAACCACAGAACUGAGGUUGACUGGAUGUACUUGUGGAACCUUGCGUGGCGGAAGGGUAGUUUGGGAUACAUAAAGUAUGUCCUUAAGAGCAGUUUGAUGAGAUUACCUGUAUUUGGUUGGGGAUUCCACAUUUUGGAGUUCAUCUCAGUAGAGAGGAGGUGGGAGGUUGAUGAAUCAAACAUGCGCCAUAUGCUUGCAAGUUUUAAGGAUCCUCGGGAUCCCCUCUGGCUUGCUCUCUUCCCUGAAGGAACUGAUUUUACUGAGCAGAAGUGCAUACGGAGCCAAAAGUAUGCAGCUGAAAAUGGAUUACCUAUCCUGAACAAUGUGCUUAUCCCAAAAACAAAGGGCUUCUAUGCCUGCUUGGAAGAUCUGAGGGCCUCUUUGGAUGCAGUUUAUGAUGUGACCAUUGGUUAUAAACCACGGUGCCCAUCACUGUUGGACAAUGUGUUUGGUGUGAACCCUUCUGAAGUUCAUAUGCAUGUAAGGCGCAUAGCCGUUGAUGAAAUCCCAACAUCUGAAGAGGAAGUUGCUGCGUGGUUGAUGAAGACGUUCCAGCUAAAGGACCAAUUACUUUCUAAUUUUUAUGUACAAGGCCAUUUCCCUCAUCAAGGUACAGAAGGGGACCUCUCAACGUUCAAGUGCUUUGUACAUUCUGUGGCCGUAAUACUGUUGAUUAGCACGUGUACAGUUUUCACUUUGUGCUCAAUUUGGUUCAAAAUUUAUGUAUCUCUAGUAUGUUGUUGUCUAUCAUCUGCUACCUAUUUCAAUGUUCGUCCGAUGCCACUACUUGGCUUCUUAAACAUUGGUAGGUCUCCAAUGUGACUUUCUUAUAGCAUAUAGUUUUUAGUUUCUUUGGCUGCUAGAGAUAUGUUUUUGCUCGUUCAGACUAACUAGCACUUUUAUCUGUAAGUUUCUGGCAUUUUUAGAGACUGCUUGUGAACGGUCUUCUCUUUGAUUGGACAUAUUUCAAGUCAAGUGGGGGUGUCAUUGUAUUUGGACUUUCUAGCUAUGUGUAAUUAAAAUAUAUAUGAACCAGUUGCUGGCGAA